UAGUGUUGACGAAUGUUGGUUUAGAAAAUAGAAACGUACUAUUCUAUUUUAGUAUUUUAGCGUAGAAACUAGAAAGCAGCAUUUAUCUUGAUUCUGUGUCUGAGGAUCCGUAAUGGCCGAAAAUGAUUCAAACCCUCCUGGUCCUCCAGGCGCUGCACCGGCGGUGGAGGUUGAAGAGGAAGAGAAAGAGAGGGAGUCGUUGAAGGAGGAGAGCAAUAGGGUUUCGGAAUGGGAGAGAAAGAGCGUGGAAGAGCUGAAAGAGGUUCUGAGAGAGGAGUUGAAGUCGGAAGGGGAGGUCUCGAUCUGGGGAGUCCCUCUCCUGAAGGACGAAAGGAGUGACGUGAUCCUCCUAAAGUUUCUGAGAGCGCGAGAGCUGAAAGUGAGGGAAGCUCUUGUGAUGAUUCAGAACACCCUCAAAUGGAGGAAGGACUUCAACAUCGACGCCCUCUUGGACGAGGAUCUCGGCGAUGACCUGGACAAGGUCGUCUUCAUGCAUGGGCACGGCAGAGAGGGCCACUCCGUCUGUUACAACGUCUACGGAGAGUUCCAGAACAAGGACCUCUACCAAAAGGCCUUCUCCACCCAAGAAAACCGUACCAAGUUUCUCCGCUGGCGGAUCCAGCUCUUGGAGCGCAGUAUCAGGAACCUCGAUUUCUCUCCCGGAGGCAUUAACACCGUUUUGCAAGUCAACGACCUCAAAAACUCUCCCGGCCCUGCCAAACGGGAACUUCGACUUGCCACCAAACAAGCUCUGCACUUGCUUCAGGACAACUAUCCCGAGUUUGUUGCCAAACAGGUUUUUAUCAAUGUCCCGUGGUGGUAUCUUGCUUUCUACACCAUGAUCAAUCCCUUCUUGACUCAGAGGACCAAGAGCAAGUUUAUCUUUGCAGGCCCACUCAAGUCUCCCGACACUCUUUUCAAGUAUAUUUCUCCCGAGCAAGUGCCCGUUCAGUAUGGUGGCCUCAGUGUGGAUUUCUGCGACUGCAACCCCGAUUUCACUGUGUCUGAUCCUGUCACAGAACUUCCCAUCAAGCCAACCACCAAGCAAACAGUGGAGAUCGCUAUUUAUGAGAAAUGCAUCAUUGUUUGGGAGCUGCGGGUGGUGGGCUGGGAGGUUACCUAUAAUGCUGAAUUCAAGCCUGAUGCUAAAGAUGCAUAUGCAAUUAUCAUACAGAAAGCCACAAAGAUGUCCCCCACUGAUGAACCGGUGGUUUCCAAUACCUUUAAAGUUGCUGAACUGGGAACAUUAUUGCUCACCAUAGACAACCCUACCUUGAAAAAGAAGAGGCUUCUUUACAGGUUCAAGAUCAAACCCUUAUGUGAUUGAGACAAAAUCACCUCUAGUGUGAGUGUCUCUGGGUAUGUUAAGGAAGCUGAACUUGGAGAGUAAGAAAAAUGCAUGCCAUCAUUUGUUGAGCCCAUUCUUCGUCUAUAGUUUUGGUCCUGAGUUGUUUGCCGAUUGUCUUUCUCUGUCUUUGUUGUAUUCAGCACUUUAUUGCUAGACAAACAUUUUAGCUAGCCUAAAUUAUUCUUCUAUUUUCUGGCAAAGAACAAUGUUGGGGAAGAGAGUAGCGCAUGAAAAUGGAGUUGGUUUGUGAAAUUACAUUUAUUUCCAGAAUUAUGUAUCACUUUGAUGGGUGAACCAAACCACCAUGUAGAAAGCCUGGUUAUGAGAAGUUUCAAUGUAAAAUUUUGUUCUUGUAUUUGUCCUGCACGGAGUUUGGUCCAAUUAUAAGCAUUUUGAAUGUCCUAGAUGUGUAAUAUAGAAGGAGUAAAUGAGAAGUAUGCCUGAUUUCUAUCC